AAAAAUAUUAAGAAGCAACCCAUAUAAAUCAGAACAGUGAAAAGGUUCAUGGUAUUUCACAGGAGAAGCUGGUUUCGAAGGAGGUAGCUUCCUGGAGGUUACUAAGAUCUGACAUUACUAAAGAUGGCCUGGAAGAAGAACAUCCUAAUGCGGAGCUAUGCGUCACUCCUUGUAGUGAUUUUACUUCUACCAUAUGGCUUAAUGGAUGUCAUCCUAACUGUGAAUAACAACAGUGAAAACUAUGUCCUAACAACCAAACGUGGCUCUUCAGAGUCUCUAAAAUGUGCAGUUCAGAAUCACAGCCAAGAUGAACAGUUACUCUGGUACAGGGAAACUGGGAAGGUGGAUCUGAAAGCUGAAAACAAAAUCAACUCUAGUGACAUCUGUAUUUAUCCUGUCAGUGAGGAUGACAAUGGAGUCACCUUUACCUGCAAGUUGCAACGGAACCAAUCCAUAAGCAUCUCAGUGACUUUGAAUGUCACUUAUGAGCCUAUUCUGAGUGGGAAAGACCUCCAAACAGUCAAGGAAGGAAACAACAUAAAAUUAGACUGUAAUGUGAAGUCCAAUCCCCCGGCUCAAAUGAUGUGGUACAGAUACAACAGUGUCCUGAAUUUGGAGAAGAAUCAUCACCAAAUAUAUCAAACAAGUGAGCUGUUCCAACUGUCUAUCUCCAAGACUCUGAAAUCUGAUAAUGGGACAUACAGUUGCCACGCAAAGACGUCCAAUGAGUUGAGGAUCAUUAAUUUCCACGUGAUCGUUGAAGAUAAAGAAAUCACUAUUCCCAUUGAACCCAUUAUUGCUGCUUCUGUGGUGGUCAUCUUAACUAUACUGUUUGGACUAAUUGCAAGAAGAAACAAGAUAAUGAAGCUUUGCAGGAAGAGCCAGACACCUCAAAGUGGUAUAGCUAUGUGAAGAAUCAAGCAGCCUUUCUAAAAGGAGAGCGCAAUACCAAGACCUUCCUGGGGGUGGAGUCCCGUGUGUGUUCCUUGCUUUUAUUAAAAUAUGCUUCCUUUGGUCAGUGUUGAUGAA